UUGUGGCGCGGGAAAUGAACGGAAUGUAGCAACAUGCAGCUGCAAAUCCUGCUUUGUUAGCUGCAGAGCUGCUGAUCGGUGACUUCCUGUAACUCAGAGUUGGACUGUUUUUGCCUGGAAAAAUGCCUUUUACGCGCUCCAAGGCGGCCCAGCCUCCAUCAUCCAGGAUGAGUUUGAGGAGGUUCUGCAGUGUUGUAUUGGUUCCCAUAGCGACCACCUCUUCCUCUGAUGACAGCUGUGACAGUUUUGGCUCUGAUGGGGGCUUCGCUAACACGAAGCAGAUGAGGAGAAUGACAGACAAACCCAAAGUGUUUGAGGACGACUCCUGCAGCGGCUCUGAUGACAGCGAGAUCAGCAGUCGGAUCAAAGCUAUGAAAGUAGAAACCAAGCAACCAAGACGCCGCAGACCGAAUGCCCUGAAGGUUGCCAUGAGUUUUCCCACAAAGACGACAAACAGGAAGAGACCUGCGUCUGAACCGCUGCCACAACCCAAAAUCCAGGACUCUGACUCUGAGGAGGAGAACUUUAUGAGCAAGAGAGCCCUGAAUAUUAAAGAGAAUAAAGCAAUGCUUGCAAAGCUCAUGGCAGAGCUGAACAAAGUGCCGGGGCUCUUCCCAGGAAGACGAAUGGCGAUGUCGGCUUCAACCACUCCAAGACGGACACCUCAGCGAUCCACGGGACUCCCGAGAGCUUUCAGGAGAAACCCGGAGCGGCUGUCCCGACCCCACACUCGUUCUCGCUCUCAGGUGGAUGGACCCCCCAGCCCGACCCCUAAGGAAGACCCCGAAGAUGAGUUCAGCCUGGUUCGCAAAAGCCGCUACUACGAGGAAGUUGAUGAACCUCCACGCCGCCGGUGCUUUAGUGGCACUAAGGCCAUCCCUCACGUGGUGCGGCCUGUGGAGGACAUCACAGAGUCGGAGCUGCAGGGGAUCUGCUUCAACGUGCGGGAUAAGGUCUACAACAGCUCCACUGGAUCCACUUGCCACCAGUGCAGACAGAAGACAACCGACACCAAGACGAACUGUCGUAACCCAGACUGCUUUGGGGUGAGAGGGCAGUUUUGUGGCCCGUGUCUCCGCAACCGAUACGGAGAGGAGGUCCGGGACGCUCUGCUGAACCCGGAUUGGCAGUGCCCGCCUUGCAGAGGCAUCUGUAACUGCAGCUUCUGUCGGGCCCGAGAGGGCCGCUGUGCCACCGGCGUGUUGGUCUACUUGGCCAAGUACAACGGCUUUGAUAACGUGCACGCCUACCUGAAAAGCUUGAAAAAGAAAAUGGAAGAAGAUGGCAGCGAGUGAAGAGGAGGAUCUGACUGACACUGUGUUUCUCACACCCAGACACUGUUCAAAGCAUUUUAACUCGGAAUGCUCAUUGUUCCUGUUUAUUUUGAGCAUCGACUCAGCUGAGUCAUUUGUUUUCUGCUGCAAAAAGAGUCCCUCCUGAUGUACAUUGUUUUAAAUGUAUUGCUUUUUUUAAUUGCAUGCCUAGCUUUUUUUUUAAAAAUCGGCCUCUUUUGUGCCUUUACCUGUAAAUUAAAGCUUAUGUUUUUACAAGUUGUUUAUGAAAAGCCUUUUCCUGCCCGAUUUUGGUGAAACAGAGGGGGGUGCAGGUGAAAAAAGGGCACCCACCGAGGUCCACUGCUUCUCCCACUUCCAAACCGAGAGGAACUGUGAUAAACUACAGCGCCUGGUUAAAUAUCCUUCAUUAGAUAACUGUCGCUAAUGGUGUGGAAACAAUUAGCACACUCUAAUGGGAAUCUCAUACCUGUAAAUCAUUUGGUCCCGUUAAAGCUCUUUCUCGCUCUGCAGCAGUCUCUCUCUCUGGCUCAUUUUCUGCUGUAGGUUGGGAAGUAAUGGUUGAAGUAGAGUUAUAGGCUGCAUUUUUCUGUUCAGGAUUAUGAUCCGCUACGCAAAAUGACACAAAUUAACCUUUGUGCCAUUCGUCUGAGACGUACUUGGUCUGACCUGUGAUGCUGGAGCAGGAUGUGAACAGUUGCAGAGCUUUAUGCAGGUGGAGGUUGUACUGAUGCUUAUUUUUGCAAAACAAAUCCAAAUAGUUAAAAAAUGUCAAUAAAAGUUUUCAUUCUUGCAGCA